AUGGCUCAAUAUCUCACAGGCGCCUGUCUGUGCAAGAAGAUAGUUUACCGCAUCGAUACCGCCUCCAAAAACCCCGAGAUCAUACUCUGCCACUGCAAUAGCUGCAAGCGAUAUACUGGCUCCAGCUUUUCGGCGAAUAUUGUCGUGCCACAUUCUGCCUUCGAAUAUACAAGGGGCUCGCCGAAACUAUACCUGGAUCGAAGUGAUAAGGGCGGAGAGGUGCGGCGCGAGUUUUGCCCUGAUUGUGGUACGCCGUUUACCUCGUUGUCGAGUGAUUACCCUGUUGAUAUCGCUGUUAAAUCGGGUACGCUUGAUGAUGAGGAUAGAGAGAGAUGUUCGAAGUUGGCUUUGGAGAUUUAUGUCCACCGGAAGGAUAAAUGGGUGGAUCAGAUUGGAGCUGCGAAUGUAUCGAAGCUCAAUGGUAGUAUGGAAUCCUGA